UUGGCUAUUAUAUGUGACACGCAGGUUCUGGUGUUGAGUGGAGCACCUCACGAGAGACCGUCCCUACUCCAGCUGGCUUACAGCAUUACUCGUGGAACAAGUUUGUUAGUGUGCGGAAACGUUGUACAUGAAGCGAGCUCCGCUGAGCCUAGCAAGCAGCUGGCUACAGCCCGUCGUAUUGAAGAAAUGUCGCAGGCAGUACUACAAAGGCAACAUAUCAAAGGAAUUUGUAAGGUCGUCGUCGCUCCGUCGCUGGAAAGCGGUUGCACCAUGCUCUACCAGGUUUGUGGUCUGGGUCGGAUGUCGCCAAAUAUCGUUUUGCUUGGUUUCAUGGAAAAUACGACCAGAAGAUCGAGAACAGCGUCAAGUUGUCGGCCAAGAAUGCAUACAUGCGGAUUAUACAGUACGUUCUCAUCAACAUAA